AUGAUGAAAUAUAUUACAGCAAAAAAAACUGUAAGUAGCUCAGAUACUGAGAAUUCUGAUAUUGAUUCUAAUAUUAACUAUUCCUUAGAAGAAUUAAAAAUAAAAAUGGAAAUAGCACAAAAAAAGCAUUUUGGUUAUAAAAAUUUAAAAGAUUUUCAAGUAGAAGCAGUUCAUGCAACUUUUCAUAAAAGAGAUAGUUUUAUUGUUAUGGCUACUGGAAUGGGUAAGUCUCUAUGCUAUCAGAUUCCCUCAUUAAUGGAUGAAUCAAAAAAAAAAUUUACAAUUGUUAUAUCACCUUUAAUAUCUUUAAUGAAAGAUCAAGUAGAUAAUUUAAACCGAAAAAAAAUAUCUUCAGUAUUUUUGGGAAGUGGUCAAAAAAUGAAUAGUGAAAAAAUUUUAACUCAAAUUAAACAUGGUGUAUAUAAUAUAGUAUAUUGUAGUCCAGAAUAUGCAUUAAAUAAUAAAAAUUUAUUUACAUUAUUAAAAAAAAGAAUAUUAUUAAUAGCAAUUGAUGAAGUUCACUGUAUGUCUGAAUGGGGUCAUGAUUUCAGACCAUCAUAUAGAAAAUUAAAUGAAUUAAGAAGUAUAUUAAAAGAAAUACCUGUUAUGUGCUUAACAGCAACCUGCACAAAAAAUGUUCAAAGUGAUAUUUUAAAAAAUUUAAAUUUUGAUUUAAGUAAUUGCUUAAUUAAAAGAAGUAGUGUAAAUAAAAAGAAUUUGUAUUAUAGUGUUAGAACAAAAACUAAUCUAUAUGAUGAUUUAAAAUAUAUAUUAGAUAUCCCAGUUAGAAAGUCAUUAGAAAGAACUAAAAAAUUUAUAGAUAAUUCUAAGAUAUGCCCAUAUAAUUCUACUUUAAUAUAUGUAAAUUCUAAAAAAGAGUGUGAAAGUAUUCAUGAUUUUUUAAAGGAUAAAGGAUUAUUAGUCAGUAUGUAUCAUGCUGAUUUAAGUAAUGAAGAAAAAAAAGAUGCACAUGAAAAAUUUUUAAAAGAUGAAAUACAAAUUAUAGUAGCAACGGUUGCUUUUGGAAUGGGUAUUGAUAAGCCAGAUAUUCGAAGAAUUAUUCAUUAUGGAUUUGCUAGAUCAUUAGAAGCAUAUGUUCAGCAAGUUGGAAGAGCAGGUAGGGAUAAUAGUAAUGCAGAAGCCAUCCUUUUUUUUAAUAUUAAUGAUGAGUCUAAAACAAAGAAUAUUAUUUUAAGAGAAAAUACAGCUAAUAAUUUAAUAGAAACUAAUUUUGAAAGAGUUAAGCAUAUUAUUACUAUGUUUACUGAUGCAUCUGAUUAUGCCUAUUCCACUGCUUGUAGAAGAAAAAAAAUUUAUGAAUAUUUUGAUGAAAAACCAUUAAAAGCUAUAGACAUUGAUAUUUUUGAUCAGAAAAACAACGAAGGUGUGUGUUAUUAUGUAGAAAAAUAUGAUAUCUAUUUAUGUGCAAGAUGUGAUAACUGCAUGCAUUAUUUAAGUGUAAUUAAAAAAAAAAAAAAAGAAAUUGGUAAAAUAUAUAGUAAUACUAAUAAUAUAAGUAUUAAUAAUAGUAUUCUAAAGGGAAAAGAUAAUGAGAAUCAUGAAAAAGAUGAUAAUAAUAAAAAUGCAAGAAAGAAUAUUAAAAUAUCUAAUCUAUCGUCAUCUAUAUUUGAUGAUUUAGUUGAUUUGACACAUGAAUUAAAAGUCUUAUUAAGCUGUAUAUCAUCCUUAAAAGGAAAAACUGGAAUAUCCACUAUUUGCAAAAUUUUAGUAAAAAGCAAAGAAUCAAGUAUAAUUAAAAAAAACUAUCACAAUAUUAAAGAGUAUGGAAAAGGAGAACACAAAUCUACUAAUUGGUGGUCUUCUUUUAUGAAAGUUGCGAGAAAUGAUAAAUUCAUUAAAGAAACAUUAAAUUAUGGAAGUGAUAUGAGUUACAUAAGCAUUGGAUUAACAAGUAAAGGAGAAAAAUUUAUAAACGGAGAAGAGAAAUACAUUAUUAGCUUACCUUUUUUCUUAUCCAAUUCUAUGAAAAAUUCCGAUAAUAAAAAAAAUAAUAAAAAUAAAAGUAAAAAUAAAAACAAAAAUAAAUAUAAUAGAAAUUAUGAAGUAGAAAUAAAUAGUACUGAAAGAAAUGAUUUUGCUAGCACAGAUACUAAUAAAAAAAAAUUCCAGAAUUAUUUUAUCAAUAAUUUAGAAAAAGAAAAUUUUAAGAAAGAUGAUUCAGAAGUAGAUGAAAAAUUUUCACAGGAAAAUAUAAAUAAUAAUAAUAAAAAUACUAUUAAUAAGUAUGAUUAUUUCAAUAUUGAUAAAAAUAGUUAUCAUAAAGAUAAUGAAGAAAAAGAAAGAAAAUUAACAAAUGAGCAAAUAAAUGAUUCUAUUAUGAAAAUUUUAUUAAGAACAAGAAUGUUAGAAGCAAGAAAACAAAACAUCCCUCCUUUUCAAUUAAUUUCCGACCAACCAUUAAAAGAUAUAUGCUACAAAAGAUUAACAUCAGUAGAUUUAAUAAGAAAGCAUGUUGAUAAUAUAUCACCAAUAUGCCCAAAUAAUUUUUUAGAAAAAAUCGUAUCAGGCAUUAGAGGCUUUUGUUUAUUACAUGAAUUAGAAACAGAUAUAAAUAUAAAUUAUUAUAAUCAAAAUAAUAUUUCUUCUGUUCCUAAUAUACAAGAAUCGUCAUUGAACAAGUUUUCUAAUUUAAUAUCUUCUUUUGAAUACGAUAAAAAUCAAAAUAUUACAACUCAGAAUAAUGAGAAAAAUAAAUAUAGAUACUUUAAUAAUAGAGAUAAUAAUCAACAUUUCAGUGAACGAAAUUACAUUAAUAAUAAUAACAAUGUAAGUAAUUAUAAAAGUAAUUAUCCCAAUAAUAAUGAUAGGAAUUAUAUCCCAAAUAAUAUUAAUAAUAAUUAUAAUAAGGCUAUUUACAAUGAAUAUAAAGAUGAUCUAGAAUGCAAAAAAUAUCCAAAUAAUAAUAAUUAUAUUAGAGGGAAUCAUGCUAUUAACAAUGUUGAUGAGUACAAUAAUGGUGAUAAGAGUUCUUAUAAAAAUGUUUAUAAUAGAGAUCAAAUUGAUAAUAAUAAUCAUUACAGUAAAUUUAAUGUAAAUAACUUUAAUAAUAAGCACGACAUUAGUCAUCAUAAUAAUGAUAAUUAUUAUAAUAAGCAUCAGCAAAAUUAUUUAAGUCGAGAUAUAAAAAAUAUGAAUGUUAAUAAUAAAAGUAGCCAUAUAGACAGUGGUUUUAACAGAGAUAAUCCAAAUGGAAACAUAAAUAAAAUGCUUAAAAACGAAAAAUUAACAGUUCUUAAUAAAUUAUGUUAUAAAGAUUGUGACAAUAGUAAUUAUGAUCAUAAUAAUAGCAGCAAAAUGAAAAAUGAUUUGAGUGCUUUUUUUGAUGACGAUUUUAAAUUUAUAAAUGAAGUGCAAAAUUUAAGUUUGAGUGAAAAGAGUUCUCUUUUAGAAAAUAAAAGAGAUAAAGAAGAUAUUGCAAAAAUACAUAAUUUUCCAUAUUUUGAGAAUAAAGAAAAAACUCGUAUAAAUGAAUAUUGCAUGAAUGAACAAAAAAGCUUAAAUAUUAACCAAAACAAUAAAACACAUUUAAAAAUGUCUCAUAAUUUUUCUUCUGUUAAUAAUAAUUUAAAUUUAUCAGAAAAGGUUUUUAUCAAUUCCUUAAAUACAAAAAGUACCAUAGAAGAGAAGAAAAAGGAUUUCAUAAACGAGAAGAAAAAAAAACUUGAUCUAAUAGAUUCUUUUACAUAUGAUGAUAAUAAAAAUUAUGAAAAAGAUACAUUAAUUCAUUCAACAAACUUUGAAAAUUUAUCAUUUAGAGAUUUAAAAAAAAGAAAAAUUUAA